AUGGCCGCAAGAAGAAGCCUUCAAGUCCAACCGGACUACGGUCACGGACGUCCCAUCUCGAGUUCGUUUGUGGACUCCUCGAGAAGCUCUACAUAUCCGGAUGUCACUCGCACUGCGUAUGACAGUUUAUCAUAUUACCCUACGUCGAGCGCCUCGUACACUACGGACGUGCCAGCUUCAAGUUUUAGUCCGAUCCCCAUUUCCUCCGGCUCCUCUCUCCUACGUUCAGAUUCGACGUACACUUCCAGCGGCUACAACGCCGGCCCAUCAUCAGCCAUCUAUGGAUCUGCUGGACCUGGGUAUGGGUCAUAUACCAGCUCAGCCUCAACUUGGGAACCUCAAGGCAGAGUCUCCCCUGAGAGUUAUUUGGAUGAUUAUGUUUCUUCCCCAGGUCCCGCAGAUUAUAUGACCGAAUCAUCAAGCAAAGCUUCCGGAAAGUCCAAGUCCGAUAGCAAAGGGCAUUCCCAGCAAAGACGGCCAUCUAACCGGGAUGAAUUUGACGGCCCCCAUCAAUUUUUGCAACGACCCCCUCCUGAAUACAUCGCCCAGCAGGAGAGAGAUCUGCCACAUCUCCCCACCAAUCUCAUCGUUCACGAGCAGGAUAAUAUUCUCACCAGGGUGAAUGACCGGCUUUCUCAAUGCGCCUUUGAUUUUGUGGCCAAGUAUCAAUUUCCAAUACCUCUAGCCAAUGGAGAAUUAAGACCUGUGGAAAGACCCCAAGACCGGGAGUGGACUGAGUGGGUAUAUCUCCUGAAACGACUUGCUACCAAAAGACGCAUUCCGGCAAGGGUGCUUUACAAUGGCCAGAUCAAACAAUUCAUUACCAUAUUGGAAAAUUCCUUGGAAAUGCGGCAUGCUGCCAAGCAUCAAUCUCGCCCUCUGAAAGACGACAGGAAUAUCCUCCAAUUAAUAUCAGCUGGAAUACAAGUCGCGAAGAUCCUGAAAGAUUCCAGUGCCAUGGAGUAUCUGGAUCGAUUAUACGUUACGACCGAGAAGCAGAUCCAGGAAAGAAGCGUUAGCGCCCGCUAUCGUUCUUGA